CAGCUGCUAUGAAGCUCCGCCUAUCCUCGUCGCUCAGUACCGUGUGCCAGCCAGUCAGUUACCCCGCGCUGCACCACGGUGAGUGGAACGGGAUCUUCAGCGUCAGUGAUAUUUUUACUUGGCCAUCACUUUCUUCUGUGAAUUCAACUCCUUGAGAAAAUGUGGGAGCCAACCAAGUGUUGCUGCUGCUGUGGUGUGAGAACUGGAAGCAUUGUAAUAGGUGUUUUCAUUCUGGUUGGAGGAUGUUUUGGUCUUCUAGGUGGAGCACAAACCUUGGCGGGUGGCAAAUCUGACAUAGCUACAUUUUGUCAGAAUAUGGAUGAAGAUGUAUCAGAAUGUGUGAACAAAUUUUGGAAAGUUGAGAAAGCAUCAUCUAUUUCAUCCAUAGUGGUAGCUUGCUUUCAUAUCAUAUUUAGCAGUUUUCUCCUUUACGGCAUUCUCAAGAAAAAAACUGCAUUCUUCAUUCCUCUGAUGGUUGUAUAUGUAAUACAGAUAAGCAUCAUGAUCCUGGCUUCUGUGGCCCUUAUUAUUUUCAUGAUAUAUGAAGGGGUUCCAUCUCCAGCCAUCUACUUUUUUACAGUCAUCAUCGGUUCAGUAAUAUUCUUAGAGACAUAUUGUCUGCUGGUCAUCCGUGCCUAUUACUAUCAACUCAAGAGAGAAAAAGGACAUGCCCACACAGCCCUCAAUGAGUGUCACAUAGAAACAUCUCCAUACCCUGUCAAUGAAUGUCCACCUUAUCCAGGCAAUGAAGUUCCCUACUCUGAUGUUCGUCUGUACCCAGGCCAGAAAGAGUUUCCCAAAUAAAUUGCUAUGUAGGUAAUUGAAAGUAAUGCACAUUUUGUUCAUUUAACUAUGAUUAUGUAUUUGUAUUAUGCUUUAUCAUCUCAUAGAUGUGAGAAUAUACCCAGUAAUGAAAAAAAUUGAAAAUCAUGAAAAUUUCAACUAUUGUCAUUUUCUUUCUCUAAUUUUGUAUACUCUUAUCCUCAGUGUUUUGUUCUUGUGUGAAAAUUGUAACUCUAAUAUUGUAAUUUGCUAUGUAUUUGGUAUAUUCAGUGAUUAUAUUCAUUGUGCAAAUAACUGGUCUCUAAGCCAGCAGUGAGUGGAGGGAUUAAUUCACCACAUGCAGUGCCUCAAAGAAAUAAUUUAUGGACUAGCUUUAUGGCAGAUGUGCCUUGCAAUUCACAAACUUAGAAUGGCUGCUCAGUUCACUGCCAUGCCUGCAGUAACAGGAUAAAAUGACUGCACAGUAUAUUACCAUAAAUACAACAAUGGAAUCAUAGAAACACAAUGAACAGGGAAUUCUCUUGCAUACAAAUCUGAUGUUUCACAUUUAUAGCAGCCAAACUAAAUUUACUAAACUCCACUUGGACCACUUCAAUUACUUUAUGAUCUAAUUCAAAAGAUCUGUACAUCAAUUGCCCUAUCAGGAGAUUAAAAACUUGCCUCUUGAAUAUCAUGAUGUGUAGCUCUUGUAGAUAAAUUUCUUAAUGUUUCAAAACAUAAGACAUUACAACAGCAUGGUACAAACUUCUCUUCUUUGAGUACACCAAAUCUGCUGAAUUUUUUUUGCUAAAAUAUUUGUGUUGAUUUAUCAGUUUUGUAUCCUUAUAAUAUAUGACUCACAUGAUGACAAGUAAUAACACAAACUACUUUAAUACACACACACACACACACACACACACACACACACACACACACACACACACACACACACACACACACACACACACACACACACACACACACACACAUUAUAUGAUGGAAGGGGUGAAUAGCUACAUGAAUCUGUUUACUAAUGAUGCAAAAUUGAUGAGAAUAGUGAAGAUAGAAAACUGUGAAGCUCUACAGGAAGAUCUGAAUGUGGUUUGGGAUUGAAGUGGCACUUGGAAAAUGGAGUUUAGCAUAAAAAAAUGUGGAGUGUUGAAGAUUGGACAUAAUUGUGUGAGGCUAGUCUCCAGUUAUAAAAUGAGUAAUAAAGUAAAAGUAAAGAGUGAGGAGAAAGACCUUGAAAUUACUGUCACUGAUAAGCUGUUCCAGAGAUACAUGUAGGAAGGAAGACGGGAAAUGUAUAAUAUGGUAAGAAACAUGAGCAAUGUUCAACUAUCUGGAUAAAGAGAGGAUUAGGAAUUCAGUUGUGACAAUGAUAAGACCUCAUUUGGAACAUGUGGCAGUGAUAUGGUCUCCCAGCACUAAAAGGGACGUAAAGAAAUUAGAGAAUACAACGAGCAGUGACAGUUAUGUCCAGUCGUAUCAGAUCUCGUAUGAAGAGAGAUUGAAGAAACUGCCCAUCUUGGAAUAGAGAAGAGAGAGAGGUGACCUGAUUGCCUUAUAUUGGAUUUUGUUGGGCUAUGAAAAAUUGGAAUGUAUGAAAAUUGGACUGGAGAGAUUUGGUGGUGAGAAACUUUAGAAACAAGAGGGCAUGAGAUGAAGAACAGUGUGUAUAAAAGAGAUAUUAAGAACAGUUUCCCAAAGAACUACAGGAAUCUGGAAUGAGCUGCAAAUGGUAGUAGUAAAUGCAAUAACUAUACAUGAUUUAAAGAAAAAAACUGGAUAAGAGUAGAUACUCAGACGGGACAGCACAAGCGUAGACUCCUCCUCCUGUAAAAUACAACUAGGUAAACACACACACACACACACACACAUAAUAUAGAAUGGUAAAAUAAGUUUUUUUUAAAUAAUUACAUUAUUGUUAUGUACGUAUAGAAUAAUUGUGUUAGAAAGGCAUGAGAAAAAUUCCUAAAGGCCAUUCCACAUGAAGGGUCAGCACAUGAAAAUGAGUUUUUAACAUUGUUACCAGAUCAGCUAAACUCUGGCAGCCAUGGGUUGCACUUCAGCACACCUUUGUUGUGCACCAGGCAAGAUUAGGCAGAGGGCAGUCUGAGGCACAAGGCCCCGAGCUGUGGAGUCAUUCAGGCAGCAACAGGUCACUCAGACAGUGGCCUACACUAGUUACAUACAGUAUGAUAACAUGGGGAGUGCCAACUGUUGCAGAACAGUUAAAUGUAUAGCCUUGUGAUCAUUGCUAUAUGCAUUAAACACAUUAACACAGAACCCAUGAAAGCAGAGAAGGUUAAAUUGCAACGUCAUAAGUCUAGCAAUGUUGUUGCUCAGCUCAGCAACCAGUGCCUCAACAAAGGGGAGAGGCAUUUCUAUGGUCUGCCUGCCUGUGACUUGGACUCUUUCAGGGGGAAGGUUUCAAGACACUCCUCAGUUUUCUUUUUUUUUUUUUUUUUUUUUUACCAUUCUCACAUCUAUGGGGGAACUGGCAAUAAGUGGGCCUUUUUUUCAUAUUUUUUGUUGCUCUUGGCCAGUGGCCCUUUUAUAUAUAAAAAAAAAAAAAUCUGAUGUCAUAGAGUUCAACCACAAAAUUGUUAGCAGUGUCUGCCUUUCAGGCACUUGCCCCAUCAUGUGGAUAGGCCUUUAAAGGAGAUGUAAGUACAGGAAAAUUAAAGCAGAUUUUAACAAAAAUCUUCUGUUGUUGAGAGAAAACAAAGUAAAAUUCAUGAUACAGAUGCUUAAAGGCAUUAAAUGCCAAGACAGAACUGGAUAUAAUAAGGUAUUCUGAGACUUUUUUUCAUGCAUUCCUGGUAAAGAACUCAAAGGAGCUAGUCCUCUAAUAUUUAUGAUGGAACUUGAUUUUAUGUUCGUGUGUGUGUGUGUGUGUGUCUAUAAAUGGUUGAGAAAUCCUCAUGAUUAUUUUGUAAUAGAAAAAAUUGUAUAAUGGAGUUGAACAAAAAUUAAUUUGCACUUUAUAUAUAUAAUAGAGCAGAGGAUUUUAAUUUCAACAUAGAACAGUUAUGCAUUUCAAGGAAUGCAUAACACCUUACUUACCAGGGAAAUUUUAUGCAUUGUUAUUCCAGUAGAAGUCAGUAGGAACUCCUACUGCUGCAUCUGCUGAUGCUCUAAAUCAUAAAUGCAUUGACCAGACAUGGAUCCAGGAAAAAAAUAGUUCCCAUAUUGUACUACAAGACAGAACACUAUUGGAUGAAAUUUAAACCGUACAUUUUACAGGUUUUCACUGGUGGGUUAGGUAUUUAGUAUAGUAUAAAGUUCCUGCUUCUGCCUUCAAAUUUAAGAGUCAGGGGCCACAUUAACAAAGAUUCUCAGAGUUUUGCUUAGACUUGUGCUUAAAGUUGUGCUGGGCUGAACUCUGUAAGUCCCUGUAUGAAAUGGUGAAAACAAAACAGUAAAAUCUUAUAUUUCUCAAUUUUGAGUUAAUAGUAAAAAUUUUUUUACAUUUUUUUGGAUUGAAUAACAAAAAAUUAUAAUUUGUCAUUGAUUUUGUUAGGAUAUGAACACACAAAUUUGUGUUUAUUAAUAAGAAAAUUAGAUCCCGCACAAGGCAGGGGUAUUCUGUCUCAUUAUUUACAUCAUUAAGUCAGCAUUGCCCCACCACUCCCACUCAGUAGCACCUCCUUUCCUGUCCUUUUCCUUAAUAUGGAGAUGAUGACCCCUAAGGGCGAAAAGGCCAGUAGAGGAAACAUAGUUGAACCAAUGGCAAGACUUUUCUUCCAUGUCCAAUCAGUAUUAUGAGACAAGAUGUAGCCUGAAGGGUUUCACUCAUUCAGCAGCUCAAAAAAGAUGCCUGGGGCUCUAUUACUAAAUAGGUAAAUGAGUCAUGCCAACAACAGGUCAUCAUUGCUGCAGAGCUGCAUUUCCCAUUGGCUAAAUAUCACUGUAAUUAUUACUUUAAUCACCAGCAUUAACAUCACUCCUUCCUGUGAGACUCUCCAAGGUAUCUUCCAUCAAAUCUGUCACAAAUAAAACUCUUGCAGAUCUAGUUUAUAUGUGUCCAACAGUUCAGAGUCACUCAGGGCAUCAAGAACAUCCUUAUGGGGCUGAUAAUUCUUGAGGUGGCGGGCUCGGGCUCAGUGGUCGGCCAUCUUUGUUUGGUUAACUUAGUGUAUCUCUUAAAGUUAAGCUACAUCCUGACCUGUCUUUAAGACCUAGACUCAGCACAACUUUGGAAGUUAAGCACAACUCUAAGCAUAAGUGUUGGUCUGAGCCAAAUCUCAAGUUAAAAAUCUUUGUUAAUAUGGCCCCAGAAAUAUAUAUAUAUCCCUUAAAGCAAGAGCUCUUGCAUAAGAUAACAAGAUUUGCAUUAUAGUACUUUAUUGUAUUUGAUGCCAUAUAAGAUAUGAUGUCUGGAAAUCAAUUUGAUGAAGUUGGACCAGCGAAUCAUUGUAGCUUCAUAAAAUCUAUCAGGAAGUUUCAGAACUCUUUGUUUUUUGACAAGAUUAAAUUAGUUUUGUGCUCAGAAACCAAGCUGCCCAACUACUUACUCUCUUAAUAUGAAGCCUGUGACUGCAAAAACCAUGGUUCUACCUCCAAAGGAUAUGAAGUAAUUCACUGUUGUUACCCAAAAAACAAAAACAGGACAAAGAAUUCAAGUAAGGAAUCCACUAUGAGGUAACAGCAAAAUUCUAUAAAACUGAGUGCACAUAAAGCAGCAAGUGUCAAGUACAGAUCCAACUUCUCCAUUUGCCAAGAUGCAGCAUCUCAUAUAUGACUUCUUACACAAUAGUUUGUUAAUUUCAUAAACUUUUCUAAUUGAUGUUUUGCUUUUCUUGAGCAUGUAUUCCAUACCUCAUGUAGGUAGUAGUAAUAGUGUAAUCAUUCUUUUGUUGGUUUGCUGUGGUUCAUUUAAUAAUUGUCUGUUGAAACUAAAAUCAAAUACUAAAAUAUAUUAAAAAUAUUAAAUUUCUGAUAUCAUCUACUCUAUUUUUAAAGGGAGAAGAAAAUUAUAGUGAAGAUAUUAGAUUAUUUUUAUAUUAAGUUUUAAAAUAAUAGUCCAGUAAAUGUGGGAAAAAAUAGCUUGUAUAUAUUAUAUGUAGCAUGUAGCAGGUGUGGUCUUUCUUGGGCACCCAGAAACCAGGACACAAAGGUGAAAGGUGAAACACUGUUUGUAAACUGGUGCUAAAAUUGUUCAAGAAAUCUGUUUGUCAACCAAUUUGUUCAUGAACUGAAGUUCCACGUUAUGUAUUUAGAAAUACUUAAUAUAUUAAGUUAAAAGCCUAAAUAAAAGAACACAGACAAACACUACUUUAUAUUUGGUAGCUGGUCUUGUCCCAUCAAAUUUUUGAAGGCACUGUUAAUUCUUGUACAACAACAUUCAGUGCUUGAUUUGUGAGGAGGAACAGUGUCUGAUAAAUUCUUAAACUUCUUGAACAAAGUAAUGAAGAACCUUAAGCUACACCUUGUUCACUUAACUAAAUUCUUUUGUCAUGUUUGCAUUCUUUAGUAUAAUAGUCCAAGCUUUCUUAAUUGUGUUGAUCAUGCCUAGAACCAUUAUGAAGCAUGCUCCAACAAAAAAUGAGGCUCAAAUAACAGCUGGAAUACAAGAAUCAAGAUAAGAGUAGACACUAAGCAUGAUCUCUGCUCAGUGUGUGCUGUACUAAACCAAACAUUCGGCAUAUUUUGUUACAGGUAAUCAUUACAACUAAAUGUAAUAAUUGUUAGUAACAAGCACUGUAGAGUUCAAAACAUGUCACUAAGCAAGAUGAUGAUGGGUAAAAAUACUCACUAUGAAUCUUUAUUCCACAGUUACUGAAGUAUACCUCAUUAUUCAUAAAGUAAUAGAGUAAGAAAAUUAUUUUAAUGAUGGAAAGUGCAUAUAAUGUGUUAUUGAUAGCACCAGGAAGGUUUAAGGAUGUGCUUUUUAAAUUCCUUAUUUUGCACUUCAUGAGGAAUGAAUGAUAUAUGUGCUAUGCCUUUCUCUCUUUCUUCAGUUUACUUUUUUUUUUUUUUCAUAGUAUCAUGAGUUACUUUUAACUUCUAAUCCAUUGAGGUAUAUUGGCAGAUUUUUGAAAUACUGAAAAUGUUAUCUGUGGUCAGUUAAUCACUUUAGCUUGCUUUUCCUUCUUUGUAGGUAUUUAAAAAUACCCCUAAUGGAAGGAAGGUUAAAAAUAAAAAAAUAAGAGUGGAAAUAAAAAAAUAAGAGUGGAAACAAUCUCACAUUGUUGUGUAGGUACUUUAUUUAGCUCCAUGUGGGACCAUAUCUCAAUGUGCUUAUGACUUGUGAAAUGCAGGUGGGGAAAAUUACCUCAUAAUCUUGGCAAGAACCUCACAUGCAUAUGACAUCUUUGUGCAGCAUUGUAUGCACUGAGAAAUUAGGAAUAUUGACUUUGCUUUGGUUGUUAUAUAUUAUUGUUGCUAUCAUUAUUGCUUUGACAUCCAUUACUAUUACUAUUUCUUCUGUAUGUGAUGCUGUUCAUCACAAUAUAGAAAAAAGGUUCUUAAUGCCUAUGUAAAUCAUGUGCCAUUACAAAACAUAGUAUUUGAGCAUUUUUUUCUCAUAAGCUGAUUAAUUUGAUUUUUACCUCUUCAUGAGUGACAUAAUAAAAUUGCAAAAAAUCAUUACUAUUCUA